GAGAGAGAGAGGGGGAGAGAGAGAGAGGGAGGGAAAAAGGCUUAAUUAAUUCAGGCUGGAUGGGAGGGAGGGAUGUUGCUGCCUCUACCAUGGCUCCCGUGCCUGUGCUCUGCCUCUCUGUGUAGCUGGAGCUGUGCUGUGUUGCUGUAGCUGCCUGUUUGUGUUGUGAGAGGCUGCUCACUGCUCUGCCCAUGAGGAAAGAGAGACCCAUGCCCCGGCCGGCUUGGAAAGGACUCCCUAUCAACCCAUACUGAAGAAAGCAUCACACACAGGGAUGGGCAGAGCUUGUGUCUGUGUAAUCAGAGAGAGAGAGAGGCCAAGAGACCUGCAUCUGGCUGGACCACCAUAUCACGUACUGAUCAUUUCCCCACCAUCUCUGGUGUCUGUUUCUGCCACCACCUGCACUCACUGGGAAGGAUCUGGGAUGACGCCAUGACAGAUAUUAACCUCCUCAGUUCCACACAGGGAUAACCACACUAGAACCUCACUACACCUCAGAGGCACAUCCACCACCAUCCUCCCUCACAUAUCCCCCAGCUGGCACCAUGAUGGGAGACGGAGUCGGGAGCUGGGAGUGUCUGAGUCCGUCUGAGUUCGGUCAGCUGCAGCAGUAUAGCGAGUAUUCCACCAAGAAGCUGAAGGAUGUUCUGGAGGAGUUUCACGGUGAAGGAGUCCUCUCCAAGUACAAUCCUGAGCAGAAGCAAGACGUUCUCAACCAACCCAUAGACUACCAGGGUUUCCAGCUUUUCAUGGCCACCUACCUGGAGAACGACAUCCCUGAGGAGCUGUGUCAGCACCUAUUCACCUCCUUCAAGAGCAAGACAGGGGGCUGUUCUCCUGAGAUGCCCCGAGCAGGAGUAGGACUCCUGGCUGUGUCUGCAGAGCCACGUUCCAUUGAUGCAGGCAUCUCCAUACAGACUGAAGUGGCCUGUGCCCCCAUAACAGGAAUGAAUGGGAAGAGCAUCCUGACAGCCAUGGGUCGACCCAUGCCGGAGCCUUCCACUAUGAUGGCCUCAUGUUCAGGUGCCGUAUCCACCUCUCCCUGCUCCUCCCAUUCCUCUUCACAGCGCUCUGGAAUGGGGGCCCACACGCCUGGGGGGUCCUACCGCUCACCUGCCUGCACCCAGGUCAAACCCUCCACAUGCAGCAGUAGUAACACCCUCAAUCCCACCCCAGCCAAGUCCCCAGCCUCCCCUCUCCUCUCCCCAGAGAGAAUCAGAGGGGAGAAGAGGAGGAGCCCGUCCCCAUUACCUUCCCCCCAGGUUGUGUUUCUGAAGGACAUUGUGUGUUACCUGUCCCUACUGGAGAGGGGCACACCAGAGGACAAGCUGGAGUUCAUGUUCCGGCUGUACGACACAGAUGGCAACGGAGUACUGGACAGCUCGGAACUGGACCGCAUCAUCAAUCAGAUGGUCCACGUAGCAGAGUACCUGGAAUGGGACUCUGCAGAGCUGCGACCGAUCCUGAAGGAGAUGAUGGAAGAGAUAGACUAUGACCGGGACGGAACAGUCACUCUGGAGGAGUGGAUCAGAGGAGGCCUCACCACCAUCCCUCUGCUGGUGCUGCUGGGCAUGGAGACGAAUGUUCAGGAAGAUGGUCAGCAUGUGUGGAAACUGAAGCACUUCAACAAGCCAGCCUACUGUAACUACUGCCACACCAUGCUGCUGGGAGUUCGCAAGCAGGGCCUCUGCUGCUCCAUAUGCAAGUACACAGUCCAUGAACGCUGUGUGUCCAAAGACAUUGCUGCCUGCAUCAGCACCUACGCCAAGUCCCGCAGACACACCAAUGCCAUGCAGCAUGUCUGGAUGGAGGGAAACUCUCCCACUAAGUGUGACCGCUGUCACAGAAGUAUCAAGUGCUACCAGGGCUUAACGGGCCUACACUGUGUGUGGUGUCAGAUCACUCUCCACAAUAAGUGUGCGUCCAACAUGAAGCCGGAGUGUGAUGGAGGAGCCCUUAGAGACCACACUCUACUCCCCUCCUACAUCUGCCCUGUGGUCCUGGACCGUCAUUCUGUUGUGAAGCGGGGUGAAGGGGACUCCCCGCCCAGCAGCAGCCCUGACAACAUGAGUCAGAGCUUGAAAUUCACAGGAGACGGACAAGCACUGCAGAUCACUCCUCUCCCAGGUACACAUCCCCUCCUGGUCCUGGUCAACCCAAAGAGUGGAGGGAGACAGGGGGAGCGGGUAUUGAGAAAGUUCCAGUACCUGCUGAACCCCAGGCAGGUGUACAGUCUCGACCGAGGGGGACCCAUGGUGGGGCUCAACUUCUUCCAUGAUGUCCCUGAUUUCCAGGUGCUGGCAUGUGGAGGGGACGGGACAGUGGGAUGGAUCUUAGACUGUAUUGACAAGGCCAACUUUGCAAAAGAUCCCCCUGUUGCCAUCCUCCCUCUGGGCACAGGGAACGAUCUGGCAAGAUGUCUACGCUGGGGCGGAGGUUAUGAGGGAGGCAGCCUGCUGAAGUUUCUGCGGGACAUAGAACACAGUACAGAUAUGAUGCUGGACCGAUGGAACAUCGACAUUGUCCCUGUAGACAAGGAGGAGAAGGGAGACCCAGUCCCCAACUGCAUCGUCAACAACUACUUCUCCAUCGGAGUGGACGCCUCCAUCGCUCACCGCUUCCACUUGAUGAGAGAGAAGCACCCAGAGAAAUUCAACAGCAGAAUGAAGAACAAGUUGUGGUACUUUGAGUUUGGCACCACGGAGACCAUCUCUGCCACAUGCAAAAAACUCAACGAGUGUAUCGAAGUUGAGUGUGACGGUAUCAUCCUGGACCUCAGCAGCACCUCAUUGGAAGGCAUCGCUGUCCUCAACAUACCCAGCAUGCACGGCGGCUCCAACCUGUGGGGAGAGACCAAGAAGAGGCGGAACUACAACCGCAUGAGCAGGAAGGUUCCGGAUAGAAUGCCCACCAGUACCAUCAUCGAUAUAAAGGAGCUCAAGUUCUGUGUUCAGGACCUGAGUGACCAGUUACUAGAGGUGGUGGGUCUGGAGGGCGCCAUGGAGAUGGGGAAGAUCUACUCAGGCCUGAAGAGUGCAGGUCGCAGACUGGCCCAAUGUGCUAACGUUACCAUCAGGACGUCCAGGCUGCUGCCCAUGCAGAUCGAUGGGGAACCUUGGAUGCAGCCCCCAUGCACGAUCAAGAUCACACAUAAGAACCAGGUUCCCAUGCUACUGGGCCCUCCUCAGAAGACCCCCUUCUUCUUCUUCAAGAGACGCAGCAGGAGUCGGGACUGAGUGAGGAGGACACUUCAAACUCCCCCAUCUUCACACAAACACAACCCCUCGGCCCCUCCAACACCAACUGAUGACUGGACUGGUGAACUGUUCCCCAUGUUCCCCAUGGAAGAACUGGACCUUGGGAGAGGAGAGGAGGUGUAGAGGAGAGGAGGUGUGGAGGGGAUCAUUUGGAGAAGGAGAAGAGGAUAUUCUUAAAAAAGGAAAACAACUCAUUAGUCAUUGCCCCUUGGACCUACGGCACCACUUCAGAAUGAACCAACUUUUUCUCAGUGUAAUGACCACUUCCUGUGUGUCCAUGUUCUAGCUUCUAGAACUUCCUGUUAACUCUGAACUCUGACCCUGCCACCGGCCCACUAGCUCAGUUAACCCCGGCUCCAGACCCAGCUCCAGCCCAAACCCACCAGUACUGCCACACUGCCUUGGCAAAACACAGUCCCAACCAACAUAUAGGUUAAUUUAGGGAUACUGCCAUGGUCCUCAAAGGGAGGGAUAGAGAGAUGAAGGGAUAAAGAAACACAUAAGAGAGAGAGAGAAACAGAAGUGGGGUAGAAGGGGAGACAGACAGGAAGAGAAGAAAAGAUUAGAAGAGAAGGAGUGAGGGUUGGGAUGAUCGAUACAGCAGAUGAAAGUAAGGUGUGUGUGUGUGUGUGUGUGUGUGUGUGUGUGUGUGUGUGUGUGUGUGUGUGUGUGUGUGUGUGUGUGUGUGUGUGUGUGUGUGUGUGUGUGUGUGUGUGUGUGUGUACAAGUGCUCCUCUCUCUGAGGAACCCGUUGAAUAAUGAAUCAGAGCUUGUAGAGUAUUCACUCCAGUGUCUUUCCACGACGCCAGAACACUGCACACUGCCUGAGACAUGAAACAGAAAGAGAGCAUCUAUAAUUGACUGCUUUGUUUAUGCUUGAUGGUGGCAGCAGGGCAAAAUCCACAGCAACAGUGGCCUGGGAAGCCUGGGAAACUCAAACUAACAUGUAGGGAUCCCCCCCCCAUCAUCUUGGCCCUCAACAAGCAUAUUUAGACUAGAAUUUGAAGAAUACCAAUGGCUGAUCUGGUGUCAGGCCUUGAGGGAAAGGGAAGUCGAAGUGUUUUUAUCUCACCAUCUUCACUAAGUUACUCAGGGCCAUUGGUCUGUCCAGACAGAUCCGUGGAACAGAACUCAGUGUAGAGGGGAGACAGGGUAGAGCGGACCUGACUUCUGUAUCACUGUAGAGACAGAGAUCUCUGAGAGCAGAGAUGAGCCCCGUGUCCCAAUCAGAAAAGCCCAGUAGGACAUCUUUAGGAACAGAGCCCAGUGUAGAGGGAGAGAAGACUGACGGAGGUAUGGUAGGUCCUUACUGUAAUGUGUUAGGACAGCUUUAGGAACAGAGCCCAGUGUAGAGGGAGAGGAGAAUGACGGAGGUAUGGUAGGUCCUUACUGUAAUGUGUUAGGACAGCUUUAGGAACAGAGCCCAGUGUAGAGGGAGAGGAGACUGACAGAGGUAUGGUAGGUCCUUACUGUAAUGUGUUAGGACAGCUUUAGGAACAGAGCCCAGUGUAGAGGGAGAGGAGACUGACGGAGGUAUGGUAGGUCCUUACUGUAAUGUGUUAGGACAGCUUUAGGAACAGAGCCCAGUGUAGAGGGAGAGGAGACUGACGGAGGUAUGGUAGGUCCUUACUGUAAUGUGUUAGGACAGCUUUAGGAACAGAGCCCAGUGUAGAGGGAGAGGAGACUGACGGAGGUAUGGUAGGUCCUUACUGUAAUGUGUUAGGACAGCUUUAGGAACAGAGCCCAGUGUAGAGGGAGAGGAGACUGACGGAGGUAUGGUAGGUCCUUACUGUAAUGUGUUAGGACAGCUUUAGGAACAGAGCCCAGUGUAGAGGGAGAGGAGACUGACGGAGGUAUGGUAGGUCCUUACUGUAAUGUGUUAGGACAGCUUUAGAUUGAAUCAACAAGCCUCACCCAGCAACAGAUGUCCCAGAGGACACUUUUAGAGGGUUAGAGAUUGAAAUGGAUCCAGCUAGCUAGUGAUAGAAUAACAGCCUGACUGCCCCAGGCCUGAGGAGUCUGAUUUACCAUAGCUCGGACUGGACCUAAAUUUAACCUGCUAUUUCAGGAGGAUCUACACUGUGAAGCACUAUUCCUAAUUACGGUGUGAAAACAUCAGCUCGCCGUCCAAGAGUGCAAAACCCAGGGGCCCGACUGAAAAUGGUGGGUGUAAUUCCAUUCAUGUUUGUUGCUGGACCGUACCAUUCAGGCAACAGGAAGAUAUGUUAUCAAUUAAAAUGUGCUGAACUGAAAAUCGCUAGCUAAACAGGCAAGACACCAGUGAGGCAGAGAUAGCAUGGCAGCUACUACGAUAUACCCUUAUAGUACUGUCCCAACAAUAGUAGCCAACUAUAUAUGUGCAGACACAGUAUUUGUAUAUCGUGGAAGUAGGUGUGGUGCACAUGAAUGUGUUUUUUAAUGAUAUAUUAUUAGUGUAGAGUUUGAGACUAUAGAAGAGCAAAUAUAGAUCAGUGUUCUUUAGUGGGUCACUUCAAUGACUCAGUCUGGGGCUGGAACACAAAACAUCCCCUCUGGCACCAUAGCACCCUUGGACCCUAGGAUUUUAUUUAUUUUAUUUAUUUAUUUAACCUUUAUUUAACUAGGCAAGUCAGUUAAGAACAAAUUCUUAUUUACAAUGACGGCCUACCCCGGCCAAACCCUGGACCAAUUGUGCACCGCCCUAUGUAGGAUGUAAGGGUUAGGGUGCAUGGCACAGGGGGGUGAGAGUGAAGUGAGCCCGCAUUCAACACUGAGUGUUUGUCCCAAAUGGCACCCUAUUCCCUAAUAAUGCACUACUUUUGACCAGAGCCCUAUGGGGUCAAUGAAUGCGGCCUGCGAGGGAGAUUGGCAGCGUGGACAAUGGUGAAAUGUCUUGUUUGGUAAGUUCUAGUAGUGGUUUGAAGUUGAACCUGAGCAAGUCAUUGUAGCUGAUGGUCAUUUUUAUGCCAAGGUAGGUGAAGGGGCCCUUGGUCAUUUUAAAGGGAAUUCCAUCAAAAAUGCACUACAUACUGUGUCAUUCACUUGUUCAGGUUCGGCUUGUAACCAGAGAUCUUGCCGAAUUCAUAUCCCACGUAUCUAUAACCGUGGGAACUGUACUGUGAGGGUUCGAAAUAAACAGCAGAAGAUCACCCGCAUACAAUGAAAGUUUGUGAUGGUCAAAAGUAGUGCACUGAAUAGGGAAUAGGGUGCCAUUAGGACUGACCCUGAGCUCCGCUUACCGGGCGAGGCUUUGAUGUCUUUGGCCCUAGAUCCCUUUAAAACCACACUGAGCCGGGACUAUCACGUCCAGGACCCACUAAAACAGAGACACAUGUCCAAUGACCAUGGAGUAGAGGUAUAACAGUCCCAAAUGGCAACCUAUUCCUUAUAUAGUGCACUACUUUAGACCAGAACCCUAUCAAAAGUAGUGCACUAUAUAGGAAUAGGGUGCCAUUUGAGACGUAGACUUUAUCUGUAUGGACCACAGGGUCUGUCUGACCCUGUAACACCUCUAACCAGUACAUACAGGCAACAUUUCAAUGACCACAUCACCUCUACUAUCAUAACAUAGAAUUGUCGGCCAAUGGUCAUUGGAUAUCGGGGCUCAUUUUAGUCUUUAUGGAGCCUGGAUCCCGGCGACUCAGUGAGACGUGUGCAUGUUUACAUAUCACUUUUCAUUUAUGGGAAAUGAUUUUAAAUUUUAACUGUUAUAAUUAUGUGUAUAUAGAUAUUUGUUUAUAUAUUUUAUCUGAAGUUACACCACCGCAUGCCUGCUGAAACAAAGGAGACAAGGAAAUGUCUGUCUGCUUGAGGAGAGACCACGCUGAUUGUUGCAACCCCCUCCUUCAAGCUAUGACCUGUCCUGCUGUUGGGUCACAUUAGCUGUCCAACCCCCUCCUUCAAGCUAUGACCUGUCCUGCUGUCGGGUCACAUUAGCUGUCCAACCCCCUCCUUCAAGCUAUGACCUGUCCUGAUGUCGGGUCACAUUAGCUGUCCAACCCCCUCCUUCAAGCUAUGACCUGUCCUGCUGUCGGGUCACAUUAGCUGUCCAACCCCCUCCUUCAAGCUAUGACCUGUCCUGCUGUCGGGUCACAUUAGCUGUCCAACCCCCUCCUUCAAGCUAUGACCUGUCCUGCUGUCGGGUCACAUUAGCUGUCCAACCCCCUCCUUCAAGCUAUGACCUGUCCUGCUGUCGGGUCACAUUAGUUGUUCAACCCCCCCCAACCUAUCCAUUGCUUAACAACCCAUGACCUUGUGUGUUUAUUUGUUGUGUUUCCCCAUUGGUAGCUAGCAUAGCAUGUUGAUAAUUCUGUGCUAGAACAGGACAGAGUUGGUUUGUCUUGGGUCAAAAGAAGAGAGACUUCCCAGGAGAAAUGUCCACUGUUGCUGCCAUUUUGUGACUCAUCGUCAGAAGAUGGAAGGGGGAUGCCGACACAGAACUCAGAACUCUAACCUAUCAGACUAUUAAUCCUCAAUGUUUGUGUCACUCAGUCACCACUCAUCUCCAAUCCGGUCAUCAGAAAAUGAUCAAUAGCCUUAACUAACAAACAAACACACACAAGGUGUCUCUGAUGCUUUUUCUGCCAGGACACAACAACGGCGGGACACUGACUAAGAAGACGUUAGUAAAAAGAACAAUGAUAAUGAACUCUCUGUCUCUGUGUUGCAAUAACCCACUGCCAUCACUAACCAACUGCCCGAUCCAUAACCAUCACUGCCUAUCGGGUCCCCUCCACCCACUUCUAAGAGGAUUUGGUUUAGCCCAGGUUGUCAACAACCACUGUAGAAUGUGGCCUCUGACCAUCAUAGAAACACCAGGCAGGACUGGACUGAGGCUGUCCAUUAUCAUGUUGACAGACAGUGGCUGCAUCCUAAAUGGCAUCCUAUUCCCAAUUAAGUGCACUACUUUUGACUGGAGCACUUUGUGGGCCCUGGUCAAAAGUAAUGGACUAUAGGGAAUAGGGUGCCAUUUGAGUCGCCCUCCAUGUUGCAGCAGGGAUUUCUAUGUACUGCACCUCAGCCACUGUUAUAGCCAUAGUGUGUGUCUGUGUCCAUGUACAUGGUGAUCAUGAUGUGACUCUCCCUCUGAGGUGACCUAGAGAAGGGAUAUAUCAAAGAAACCAAUAAUGAUGAUAGUGUACACACUCUAUUACAAUUAGGAAUGUUUAAUUUACCACCAUUACAUAUCCACACUCUUCCACUGAAUUGAGACAACCAGAUGCAUAAAAGGGCUCCAAGCAUGCCAUUUAGAAUAUGGCCAAUACAUUGCUGCAUUUUAUGCACUAUACCAGUUUGGAUAAUUGAAAUGGAGCCAAAGACGGUCCUCAUCACCAUCCUCCCCAUGUGAAACUACUGUCCCCUUGUCUCCACUGUCCCUCCUGAACUUGGUCUUUUCAACCUUCAGAGACUCACAGAUGCAGUGAGGUUUAUCGUGCUGUCACUGUUGUUGGUGUCGUCCUAUACUUAGGCCUGGGCAGAUUAACUAACACUAUUGAGUGACACUAGUGGCCGGGACAGAUGCAGUCGAGCUAGAGCCAUGCAUACAGUCUAUAUCAUUCCUGAGUGUGAUGUUCUACAUGUAUGUUUAAACCCAUGGGCCUGUUGUGUUUACCAUAGAAAUAGCAUAGCAAUUUGAUUGGUAAACUCAUGGGUACACUCAAAAUGGCUGCCAGUCCACUCAUUAUGGCAUCAUUGACUUGAAUGGGAAGGCCCCGUUCUACUUAUUCUAGUUCUGUGGUGUUUACCCCCUCAGGGUCAAUGUGGUAUGUAUGUAUGUAGCUGUCCAUAUGCCUGUAACGCCCAGUGAGGGUCAAGGGCAGACUGUGACAGUAGACCCUGUGAUUGGACAAAAAGAAGACUGUAAAUCAAUAUUCUCAUCUUCUGCCCUAGCUGGGUUUAUCGUCUGUCUGUUGCCCUCGCCGUUGUGUUUGUUAGCUGUAUGUUGGACAAAAGAUUAAUCAAAUAAACAAAGAGGAUGAAUAUGCUA